GGCCUGGCAGAGGACAGGAGGGAGGCCCAGAGAGCCUGGGAAGGACUGGCUGGCUGCUUCCUCCCUCCACAGCCCCACCCCCUGGCCUGGUGCCUCUGGGAGCCCUGAGCCUGAGAGCCAACACACCAGCCCAGCCAGCUGCAAGUCACCAUGGACGCUGAAGGCCUGGCGCUGCUGCUGCCGCCCGUCACCCUGGCAGCCCUGGUGGACAGCUGGCUCCGAGAGGACUGCCCAGGGCUCAACUACGCAGCCUUGGUCAGCGGAGCAGGCCCCUCGCAGGCGGUGCUGUGGGCCAAAUCCCCUGGGGUACUGGCAGGGCGGCCUUUCUUUGACGCCAUCUUUACCCAACUCAACUGCCAAGUCUCCUGGUUCCUCCCUGAGGGAUCGAAGCUGGUGCCGGUGGCCAGGGUGGCUGAGGUCCGGGGCCCUGCCCACUGCCUGCUGCUGGGGGAACGGGUGGCCCUCAACAUGCUGGCCCGCUGCAGUGGCAUUGCCAGUGCUGCGGCUGCUGCGGUAGAGGCCGCCAGGGGGGCCGGCUGGACCGGGCACGUGGCGGGCACGAGGAAGACCACACCAGGCUUCCGGCUGGUGGAGAAGUAUGGGCUGCUGGUGGGCGGGGCCGCCUCGCACCGCUACGACCUGGGAGGGCUGGUGAUGGUGAAGGACAACCAUGUGGUGGCCGCUGGUGGCGUGGAGAAGGCAGUGCGGGCGGCCCGGCAGGCGGCCGACUUCGCCCUGAAGGUGGAGGUGGAAUGCAGCAGCCUGCAGGAGGCCGUGCAGGCAGCCGAGGUGGGCGCUGACCUCGUCCUGCUGGACAACUUCAAGCCGGAGGAGCUGCACCCCACGGCUGCUGCGCUGAAGACCCAGUUCCCGAGUGUGGCCGUGGAAGCCAGCGGGGGCAUCAACCUGGACAACCUCCCCCAGUUCUGCGGGCCGCACAUAGACGUCAUCUCCAUGGGGAUGCUGACCCAGGCGGCCCCCGCCCUCGAUUUCUCCCUCAAGCUGUUUGCCGAAGAGGUGGCUCCAGUGCCCAAAACCCGCUGAUCCUAAACCCGAAGAGGAUGACACCAGCCACGGGUUAAUGUGGCUCUUUGGGACCCUCUGGGUCACACAUUUUUAAGGACAGUGGCCAACGGGGCACACUUGGCACUAGCUUGAGCCCAACUCCAGCUCUGCCACCUGCUGCUCCUGUGACCUGGCAGGGCCUUCACCUCUGCUCACCUCAGUUUCCUAACCUGCAAAAUGGGUCUAAUAAAGGAUCAACUGCAUGGG